AUGGGUUGCUGCGUCAGCUCCGGCAAAGCCGAUCGGAACAAGGAGAACGUUACCGACAAGAACACGACGAAUGUCGAAGAAGAAACGGUCGUCAAAGAAGUCUUGUCGGAGACAACAUUUCUCACUACUUCCUCAAAUGUUCACGAUUUGACGACGUUCGAGGAUCCGGUGAAGACGAAGAUCCGGGAAACAGAGGGUAAAAAACUCAAGAUUGCUCCGGACUCGGGUAUGACCCGACCCGAUUUGAUUGACCCGGAAGAAGGAUCGGAGGUUUCGGAGAUUUGUAGCUUGAGCUUGAGCGAGAGUGUGUCUUCGACGGCUGUGAUGAUGAAUGAGGAGGAGCCGAAACAGAGGAAAUCUCAGAGAUCUCCGGCUAAAACUCGGACUCGGGUCACGGGUAAUAAUUACCCGACCCGGAAAACAACCGAUCAAUCUCCUCGUAGGAGAAACAACGGUAGUACGUGUAAUGGAGGAGCGAGAUUCGUGUCGGGUACGAGAGACCCGGGUGAGAGAUCCGGAAGACGGUCGAGAUCGCCGGCGAUGAACAGAUCGGUGAUGGAUCCGAAUCAGAGUAUUCGGGUGGAUGGAGUAAGGACGAGGAAGAACAAUCCGUCUCCGGGUCGGGUUAGGAUAGAUCCGAACAAAAACAGGUCGGAUCAGCAACAAUGUCAGAAUUACGGUUAUACCACUGAGGAGUUGCUAGAGAACCCUCUUGUUUCGCUAGAGUGUUUCAUAUUUCUCUGA